CAGAGAUGUUGUAUACAUGUAAGGAAUGUGGAAGACCAUUCAUUUCUCCCCAGUGCUUUGUGAAGCAUGUGAAUACUCACAAUGGAGAGAAAUUGUAUGAAUGCAAUCAGUGUGGGGAAGCCUUCAGUAGAUAUAGUUAUCUUCAAAUACAUGCAAAAAUUCACACUCGAGAGAAAUCUCAUGUGUGCAAGCAGUGUGGGAAAGGCUUUCUGACUCUUGCAGGCAUUCAAAGACACAUGAUCACACACCAGGAAGAUAAACAGUUUGUGUGUAAUAUAUGUGGUAAAGGCUUUCACUGUUCCAGUUCAUUUGUGAUACAUGAAAGGACUCACACUAGAGGGAAGCUUUAUGCAUGUAAGCAAUGUGGUAAGGCCUUCACUUAUCCCAGUAGUCUUCGCCGCCAUGGAAGGAUACAUACUGGAAUAAAACCCUAUGAAUGUAAGCAAUGUGGAAAAGCAUUCACUUAUCUCUGUAGUCUUCGCCGCCACGAAAGGAAUCACAGUGGAGAGAAACCAUAUGAAUGCAAGCAAGUUACACAAGCUUUUCCUUCUUUGAGUAAUGUUCAAAGUCGUGAGCAAACUCACACUGGACUAAAGUAUGAUGUAUGUAAGCCAUGUGGGAAAACCUUCACUGAUCUCACUUCCCUUCGAUGCCAUGAAAGGGUUCACAGUGGAGAAAAACCCUAUGUAUGUAAGCAGUGUGGGAAAGCCUUCAGUCGUCGUAUUUCCCUUCGAUAUCAUGAAAGGGUUCACAGUGGAGAGAAACCCUAUAUGUGUAAACUAUGUGGGAAAGCUUAUAUGCGAUCAAGUUCCUUACAAGCACAUGAGCGAAUUCAUGCUGGAGUUAAAUCCUAUGAAUGCAAGGUAUGUGGAAAAGCCUUCACUAAUCACAGUUCCCUUCGGUACCAUGUAAGGAUUCACAGUGGAGAAAAACCCUACACGUGUAAGCUCUGUGGGAAAGCCUUCAUUGAUCAGAGUUCCCUUCGAUGUCAUGAAAGGAUUCACAGUGGAGACAAGCCAUAUGUAUGUAAGCUGUGUGGGAAAUCCUUCACUUAUCGCAGUUCCCUUCAGUACCAUGCUAGAGUUCAUAGUGGAGAGAAACCCUAUGUUUGUAAACUAUGUGGGAAAGCUUUUGUACGGUCAAGUUCCUUACAAACGCAUGAACAAAUUCACACUGGAGUUAAGUCCUGUGAAUGCAAACUAUGUGGGAAAACCUUCACUAAUCAUGGUUCUCUUCGGUACCAUGCAAAGAUUCACAGUGGAGAAAAGCCCUACGUAUGUAAGAUAUGCAGAAAAGCUUUCAUUACUCACAGUUCUCUCCGAAGUCAUGAAAGGAUUCACAGUGGAGACAAACCCUAUGUAUGUAAGCUAUGUGGUAAAUCCUUCACUUAUAACAGUUCCCUUCGAUACCAUGGGAGGGUUCACAGUCGAGAGAAGCCCUGUGUAUGUAAAGUCUGUGGUAAAGCCUUCACUUGUCACGGUUCCCUUCAAUUCCAUGAAAAAAGUCACAAUGGAGAGAAACCCUGUGGGAGUAAGGUAUACAGGAGUGCCUUCACUGAUCACAGUAUCCUGCAAUGCUAUGAAAAUACUCACAAUGGAAAGAAACCCUAUGUGUGUCACCUGUGUGGGAAAUCCUUCACCCGUCAGACUUCCCUUAGAAGUCAUGAAAGUAUUCACAGUGGAGAGAAACCAUACAGAUGUAAGCAAUGUGGAAAAGCCUUUUCUUGUUUAAGUAACGUUCGGACACAUAAACGACUUCACACUGGAGAGAAACCCUUUGUGUGUAAGCAAUGUGGGAAAGCCUUCAAACAUCACACUUCCUUUCAACGUCAUGAAAGGAUUCACAGUGAUAGAAGCCAUAUUCUCAGUAUUAGAAGAAAGCCUUUGUGACUCCCUCCAAUACUUUAAAUGAACUCUAGUGAAGAGAAACCUGUAUGUAAGCAAUAUGAGAAGCAUUCACCUUUUCCAGUUCCGUUUGAUACCAUGAAAGCAUUUGCAACCUGUGAAUGUAAGCUAUUUGGGAAAGACUUCACUCUCUGCAGUACUCUGUAAAGAAAUGAGCAAAUUCACGUUGCAGUGAAACCCUGUAAGCACAAACUGUAGGAAAGACAUUUCUUCUUAGAUAAAAGUUUGAAUACGUGAGCAGAUUUACAUGUGACUGGGCAACAUGGGAAAGCCUUCACAUGUUCUUGUUCCCUUUGAAAAUAUAUAUGCGUGUCAGCUGAGAAUUCCUAACAUAGAAUGUGGGAAGGCCCUAUUCUCACAAGAUUUUUCUAGGAAAACUCACCAAUGUGAAGUUUGUGGGAACAUCCCUUGUCAUCUCAGUUCAAUCACAAAAUGUAAAAGAAAGCUUGCUUAGAGGAUAUGUGCAGAAGUCUUUAGUUGGCCGUGCGAGUAAACCUGAAUCAAAUCAUGUAAAUAUGAAAUGUAAAAUAAAAUUGUUAGCUGUAA